AUGUUACUUGCAAUUACAAUUAUAAUUGCAACAGGUGUUGGUUUUAUUUAUAAAUAUCGUGAACAUUUUACAUUUCCAGGCGGUCGUUUAUCUCGUCCAUAUUGUUCAGCAUCUCAAACAGCUCUAACAUGUAUGGGAACUGAUCAAUUUAUCGAACUUUCAUUUGGUAAAGUUCAUUAUAUUUAUCGACCAUCUACAACAGUGACAUCAUCAUCAAAGUUGAAUAUAUUCGUUCAUGGAUUUUCAAUUCCAAUGGAAAUUUGGCAAAGCGUAUUUCAGAAAGUUGUCAAUGAUAAUCAUUCAUGUUUAAUAUUUGAUUUAUAUGGUCGCGGUUGGUCCGAUGCACCAUUUCUACCAAUGAAUGUUGAUUUAUUUGUUUCUCAAUUAGCAGAAUUAUUAUAUGCAUUGAAUCUACCCUAUGAAAAAUAUAAUUUAUUUGGUGUUAGUAUGGGUGCCGUUAUUGUACAACGUUUUACUGAAUUGUAUCCAUCUAAAGUUUCAAAACUUAUCCUUUGCAGUGGAGCAGGACUCAACGUUUUAAGACCACCAAUGUUAUUAAUUUCGAUUUUAUCUAUUCCAAUAGUUGGUCCGAUACUUUUUAAAUUGACUAUGCAACAAAACGAUAGUAAAAUGGUACGUGCACUAUGGGCUUAUCCAGAAAAAGAUGAAUAUGAACAAUUUAAAAGAUUAUUUCAACUAGCUUGUAAACAACAUCCAGGCUAUUUGCGUUCUUUAUAUUCAACAAUAUUUGAUUUUAAUUUUCAAUUAUCAUCGAAAUCAAUUGAAUCCAUUGAAAAAUUACAUAUACCUGUAUUAAUUGUAUGGGGUGAUAAAGAUACAUUAACACCAGUUCAAAAUGCUUAUCGUUAUCAUCAAUUAUAUAAAGAAUCUAUAUUACAUAUUGUACCUGAAGCCAAUCAUAGUUUACUUAUCGAACAUCCUCAGGAAGCUCUCGAAGCUAUAGAACCAUUUUUAUUAGAUCGCUAG